UGUGAGGGGCCGGGAGUACAAAUACGGCGGCUCGGGCGCAGCGCCGGCACAGGCAGCGGCCACGCCGGGUGCCUCGAGGGCGCGAGGGUCCCCCGCAUCGGCGAGCCCUGGGACCAGUCUCCCCGCGGACUGCCGGCAGAGCUCUCAAUCCCACUGACAUAAAGCUCCGAGGACCCCCACAGAUCGUGCACCAAGAAUUCCGUUCAGGUCCUCGCGGAUGGGCGUCAGCAUCGUCUACUAGACAGCAGAAUGGAGACCACACCCUUAAAUUCCCAGAAGGAGCUGUCAGUGUGUAAGAACGGAGAAGACUGUCAGGAAAAUGGACUUCUACGGAAGGGUGUUCCCGCCUCUGGGGAUAAGGUGGAGUCCGGCCAGAUCUCCAACGGGUACUCAGCAGUUCCGAGCCCCGGUGCAGGAGAUGACACUCCGCACUCCAUCCCGGCUGCCACCACCGCCCUAGUGGCUGAGGUUCACUCGGGGGAGCGGGAGACCUGGGGCAAGAAGAUGGAUUUCCUCCUGUCGGUCAUUGGCUAUGCUGUGGACCUGGGCAACGUCUGGCGCUUUCCCUACAUCUGUUACCAGAAUGGAGGGGGAGCAUUCCUCCUCCCUUACACCAUCAUGGCCAUUUUUGGGGGGAUCCCGCUCUUCUACAUGGAGCUCGCGCUGGGCCAGUACCACCGAAACGGAUGCAUUUCAAUAUGGAGGAAAAUCUGCCCGAUUUUCAAAGGGAUCGGUUACGCCAUCUGCAUCAUUGCCUUUUACAUCGCCUCCUACUACAACACCAUCAUGGCCUGGGCACUCUACUACCUCAUCUCCUCCUUCACCGACCAGCUGCCCUGGACCAGCUGCAAGAACUCCUGGAACACCGGCAACUGCACCAACUACUUCUCAGAGGACAACAUCACCUGGACACUCCACUCCACGUCCCCCGCGGAGGAAUUCUACACGCGCCAUGUCCUGCAGAUCCACCGGUCCAAGGGGCUGCAGGACCUGGGGGGCGUCAGCUGGCAGCUUGCCCUCUGCAUCAUGCUCAUCUUCACUAUUAUCUACUUUAGCAUCUGGAAAGGCGUCAAAACAUCUGGAAAGGUGGUGUGGGUGACAGCCACCUUCCCUUACAUCAUCCUUUUGGUCCUGCUGGUGAGGGGGGCCACCCUCCCCGGAGCCUGGAGGGGUGUUCUCUUCUACUUGAAACCCAACUGGCAGAAACUCCUGGAGACAGGGGUGUGGGUGGAUGCUGCUGCGCAGAUCUUCUUUUCUCUCGGUCCUGGCUUUGGGGUCUUACUGGCUUUUGCUAGCUACAACAAAUUCAACAACAACUGCUACCAGGACGCCCUGGUGACCAGCCUGGUGAACUGCAUGACGAGCUUCGUUUCGGGAUUUGUCAUUUUCACGGUGCUUGGCUACAUGGCUGAGAUGCGGAAGGAAGAUGUGUCCGAGGUGGCCAAAGACGCAGGCCCCAGCCUCCUCUUCAUCACGUACGCAGAAGCCAUCGCCAACAUGCCCGCGUCCACCUUCUUUGCCAUCAUCUUCUUCUUGAUGUUGAUCACACUGGGCUUGGAUAGCACGUUUGCAGGCUUGGAGGGGGUGAUCACGGCGGUGCUGGAUGAGUUUCCGCACAUCUGGUCCAAGCGCCGGGAGUUGUUGGUGCUCGGUGUGGUCGUGACCUGCUUCUUCGGGUCCCUGUUCACCCUGACGUUUGGCGGGGCCUACGUGGUGAAGCUGCUGGAGGAGUACGCCACGGGGCCCGCCGUGCUCACCGUGGCCCUGAUAGAAGCGAUGGCUGUGUUCUGGUUCUACGGCAUCACCCAGUUCUGCAGCGACGUGAAGGAGAUGCUGGGCUUCAGUCCCGGAUGGUUUUGGAGGAUCUGCUGGGUGGUCAUCAGCCCUCUGUUUCUCCUGUUCAUCAUUUGCAGCUUUUUGAUGAGCCCGCCACAGCUGCGACUUUUCCAGUAUACUUACCCUCCCUGGAGCAUCGUCCUGGGCUACUGCAUCGGAACCUCGUCUUUCAUCUGCAUCCCCACAUACAUCACCUACCGGCUGAUCAUCACUCCAGGGACACUGAAGGAGGUUGUCCUUUAUGGCAGCUGUGAGGGUCCCUUGGCUCUAUUGAUUCAAACCCAGAGGCCAAGCGUAUUAUUAAAAGUAUCACUCCAGAAACACCAACAGAAAUUCCCUGUGGGGACAUCCGCCUGAAUGCCGUUUAAAAUGCUUCAACGAGAGGAGGGGAGUGGCUUCUCCACCACCUCUCCUCCAGCUCUGACGAGUCGCACCGUCUUCUCCCUCCAAGGGAAUGAGUUCCAGCUAAGCCUGACAAUGGAAGGGCCUUCUUCAGAGAGACACAGUCUCCAAAGACUAUGGUGCCCAGACUCUCAUGGCCUCCAGCCACUUCUUCCUGUGCCAUCUCCUGGACAUGUUACCAUGUUAGACUCUGUGAUGCAGCCGAACUGGACGAUUUUGGAUGCGUGAGGGUGUGUAUGGAGGUGAUGAAAACCACCAUGUAAUCAAGUUAGGACUAGGUUUAGAAUCAAGUCUGUGAACGUCUACUGUAUCAUUUCUCGUUAUGAUCCUUGGUGUCUGACAUAUGUUUGCUUCUAAAGCCCUCAUUGUUCAUGGAUGCAUAAGCCAUUUAUUGCUAGCCAUUUAUUUUCUGAGUAGCAUAGACUUCAUAGCUGGAUCUACUAGACCCCUGUAACCCAUGUGCUGCUGUGGAGUCAGGAGAGGAAAAUAUAAGAAACUAAACUGAAAAAUAAUGUGA